GUCGGCGCGGGGUCACUGCCGUUCGGCUUCGGUGGGUCAUCUAGAAGGCAGCUUCCGUCUGGAAGCUCCCGCACGGAGCGCCGACAUCGCGGAACCCCUCCACUCCUUCCUCCUUUCAUCCUUUCCUGCUCCCAUCAGCACUGCAAUUCGCAAACCAUAAUGCGAACAGCCACUUCGCGCACCCUACGAAUCUUCACCAACUCCCUUAUCGCAAGCUUCACCCGACCGAAAAGCUCGACUUACCACCACCGGCCAUUUUCCGCCCUCCCCACAACCACCCGUCUACUCCUUCAUUCUCAAAUCCGCAAGAUGGCUUCCUCUACCAAGCACCCGAUCCUCCUCAAGAAGCCCGUCAAGCUAGCUUGCAUCCAGCUUGCCAGCGGCGCCGACAAGUCCGCCAACCUCUCGCAUGCCGCCGACAAGGUGCGUGAGGCCGCUUCGGGCGGCGCCAAAAUUGUCGUUCUCCCCGAAUGCUUCAACUCCCCCUACGGCUGCGACUUCUUCCCCUCGUACGCCGAGCAGCUCCUCCCUUCGCCUCCGACUGCCGAGCAAAGCCCGUCCUUCCACGCGCUCUCCGCCAUGGCGCGCGACAACGGCAUCUACCUGGUGGGCGGAUCGAUUCCCGAGCUCGCCAUCGAGGAGGGUACGGAGGACAAGAAGACGUACUACAACACCAGCUUGAUCUUCGGCCCCGACGGCAAGUUGCUUGCGUUGCAUCGUAAGGUGCACCUGUUUGAUAUCGACAUUCCGGGCAAGAUCAAGUUUAAGGAGAGCGAUGUGCUGUCGCCCGGUAACAGCGUGACACUGGUGGAUCUGCCCGACUACGGCCGUAUCGCCGUGGCCAUUUGCUAUGAUAUCCGGUUCCCGGAGCUGGCCAUGAUUGCUGCCCGGAAGGGUUGCUUUGCUCUCAUUUAUCCGGGCGCGUUCAACACCACAACAGGUCCGCUGCAUUGGCGGCUGCAGGGACAGGCGAGGGCCAUGGACAACCAAAUCUACGUGGCCCUAUGCAGUCCGGCGAGGGAUAUGAGCGCGGGUUACCAUGCGUAUGGUCACAGCCUGAUCGUCGACCCCAUGGCCCAAGUAUUGGUAGAGGCGGAGGAGGGCGAGACGAUUGUGAGUGCCGAGCUUGACGGGACAAAGAUCGAGGAGGCGAGGUCGGGCAUUCCUCUAAGGGAUCAGCGGAGGUUUGAUAUCUAUCCUGACGUGAGCCAGGCGAAGGUGAGUUCUUAAAUCGCCGGGCUCCGUUGUAGUGUAUUGAUGUGAAUGUUACCGGUAAUUCUCACCCGAUUUGAUUUCACUCAAAUAGGUAUAGCACCGGGGAUACUCGUCGGUUAGGUAUGGAGUCCACCCUCUGGGGGUCUCGCUUACAGCUAGCCAACCGACUCUCAUCGUCCCUUUGAGAGUCGGAUUUUUUACAUGUAACGUGCAAGGUCUGUAACGGCCAGAAUCUUCAACAAUUCAUUUCUCUACCAAAACACAAGCAAAAAAGAUAGCAAAGGAUUCAAAUUAUUCGUUUCAAUUACGUAUAUUCAAUAAUAUAAGUGAA